GGAACGAGUUAGAAAUGGCGGAUAUUACAAGAUGUGAUUUGUCGAAAGUAAAGAGAGAUUUGAUCAUAGCACACAGGGAAUGCUCUCAACGGCGUUUACUCAAUGGUGCUAAAUGGGCUGCAGAGUUAUCCCAUGCCUUGGAGGUGUCAGUCGAUGUGCAGUCUUUGCAAGGGGCAGAUCAUCAGGACCACUGGGCUGAGUAUGACAAGUACACACUGGCUACCACAUACUUUGACCUUAAGGAGUAUGACCGAGCUGCCCUUGCUGUGGAACAGUGCACCAGUCCCAAGGCUUACUUCAUCCAUAUGUACGCCAGAUACCUGGCUGAUGAGAAGAGGAAGAUAGACAAUGCAUCCGACUCUAUAGGUCCCUCUGAAUCGGUGGACAAUGAGAAUCUGAAGGUGUUGAAAACUGACCUCAGCAAGAAGAACGUGAACAAGGAACUUGAUGGCUUCGGUUUAUACCUGUAUGGGGUUGUCUUGAGAAAGCUGGACUUGCAGAAGGAGGCAAUGAAUAUCUUUGUGGAGGCUGUCAAUAAGGAGCCACUGCACUGGGGGGCGUGGCAGGAGCUGGCCAUGCUCAUCACAGACCGGGAGACGUUGUCGUCAUUAAGCUUACCGGAUCACUGGGUAAGACAACUGUUCAUGGCUCACGCCUAUCUGGAGCUGCAGCUGAACGAGGAGGGUUUGGCUGUCUACCAGACCUUCCUAGCAACUGGCUUCAGCAAGAGCAACUACAUCGUCUCCCAGAUUGCUGUCGCCUAUCACAAUAUGAGAGAUGUAGACCAGGCUGUGACAGCUUUCACAGAGCUGCAGAAGAUAGACCCUUACAGAGUGGAGAAUAUGGACAUCUUCUCUAACCUGCUGUAUGUCAAGGACAUGCAAGCAGAGAUGGCCAACCUUGCACACAAGUGUACUGAGAUUGACAAAUACAGGGUGGAGACAUGCUGUGUUGUAGGAAACUAUCUGUCAGCCGGGGAGAAAUCAAUACUCUACUUCCAAUCGACUCUGAUUGGUCAUGAGUUUAUGGAGAUGAAGAACAUCGCAGCUAUACAGGCAUACAGACAAGCUAUAGAGGUGAACAACCGAGACUAUCGAGCCUGGUACGGCCUUGGUCAGACAUACGAGAUACUCAAGAUGCCCUCCUACUCCCUGUAUUAUCACAGACAAGCCCAACAACUCAGGUAA